AAAACCCUUUAUUGGCCCAGAUGAUAUUCCCAGCCACAAUUCCGGUGCUAGAAGUCUGGUGCAUGUUAGAAGCUUGUGGUUGCUGAAAGACGCUGCUGCUGAGGGGACAGUAGCUGAUGCAAGUAGAACUCUCUGCCCCACUCCCUCCUUGCACACAAGCAAUCUGGAGAAUACCAGGUGCAGUGCACAUGUUGAUCUGAGUUUCAGAAAGAGCAAAGCCCACAGGAUGUGUCCAGGCACACAAAAGGGCUCACCCCUUCUCUAGAAUUGUAUCAGAAACUAUGGGUGUCAGGGAAGAGUUCUCAGAGUAGGUCCCAAAGCACCUAAAAGACUGCUUAUCUUUUCCUUCCUGUUCUAGUAGUGAUUUUUCUCAUUCUCUCUCCUUCCCCUUUUAAAAGUUAGUUUCUCUUCUACUUUUCUCAUCUCUGAAUAUCUCUCCUUUUCUCUCCCAAGUCCCUGAAGCCUUCCCCAAUACUCUAGCCCCUUUCCUUUAGGGCAGGCCAUUUUUCUGCUGUGGGCAGGAACCUGGCACUGGAGAAACCCACCAUCUACACAGCUAAUUUAGUACAUGCCAAAGACAGUUCCUGCCGGGCGGUGGCUCAGGGCUGCAAUCCCGGCACUUUGGGAGGCCAAGGCGGACGGAUCACAAGGUCAAGAGACGGAGACCGUCCUGGCCAACAUGGUGAAACCUCAUCUCUACAAAAACACAAAAAUUAGCUGUGCAUGGUGACGUGAACCUGUAGUCCCAGCUACUCAGGAGGCUGAGGCAGGAGAAUCGCUUGAACCCGGGGAGGCGGAGGUUGCAGUGAGCCGAGAUUGCGCCACUGCACUCCAGCCUGGGCGGCAGAGCAAGUCUCCAUCUCAAACAACAACAAGACAGUUCCAAAAGUUCUACAUGUACGCAUUCACUUACUCAUCACGACAACCUCAUCAGAUAGACACUUCUUAGGCCAGUUCUCACAGGUGAGGAAACAGAGGCACAGAGCCACCUAGGCUGAGAGGUUCAGUCACCAGCCCAAACUCGUACCUCCAUUGUGUGGCAGUGCAGGAUUUGAACCAAGAACUGUGACCCUGCGUGCCCUGGCCUGAACCCCUGUACUACACAGCAGCCCUCUGAUGAAUCAAAGGCUGGGGAGCUCUCCUCUCUUCCACUGCAAAAGGCUGAUCUCUCUCCAGCUGGAGCAUGCGGCGGUGGAAGGAUGCAAUGACCCCAAGGCCAAACUGUGCCUCUUUCCUCUAACAUUCCUCGGAAAAGUUGCGAAAGAGGUAGUCUCACUAAGGGGCUCAGAACCAUGAAAGCAGAUGUACAUGACUUGUGUACUUCAUUUAGCAUCCAAACCCUGCACUCUGCCAUUCAGCAACAUAAGUCUCCACCGCCCCUGCUUCCCUGUAAAAGAGGUAAGGCUAAAUAACUGCAAGUCUAAUCCGCAAACCCCAAGCACCAGCCUCCGCGUCUGGGAGGAAAAAGCGGCGGCAGGCGAGCCACGGCAAGGGCUGCGCCAGGGCCGACUGCGGUGCCCGGCUGUGGCUCCGAAAGCGAUUCUGGACGCCAGUGUCCCCCAGCCCAGCCACGCUCCUCCCUUUCCCCUCCCUAAAUCCCAAAUCGAGUCCCGCGCCCUUAGAGGAAGUAGGUCGCCCGCAGGAGAUCGGCCCCUUCUCCCCACCGUGCCCCCGACUCAAGCUCUUCUGGGCGUUGCUAUCUUCUCGGUGCGUGCCAGUCUUCUUUCUGAAACGGACCUCAGUGGCUCCCGGACCGCCCGGGAGCUCUUCCCUAGCCCCGCCAGCUUGAGGGCGGUGUCCGGGGAGCGGGGAGCUCCUCUAGGGGCGCCGAUUAGGUCCCCGCGCCGCCGCCGCCGCCGCCUCCGGCGUCUCCCAGGCCCGGACUGUGCCGAACCCGCUGCGGUCCACGUGGCUUGGCAGAGCUAAAUUCGGCUCGCAGGAAGCCCGGAGCCAGGGGAAAGCCGAGCCGAGCCGGGGUGGGAGGGGGCGAAGGCAGGCGCGGGGCCGGGAGGGGCGGGCGCUGGGCGGAGGCAGGGGAGGACCGCGCGCGGGGGAGGCGGCGGCCGGGCUCUGGCGCGCACCGGCUCCCGGCCCUGCCGGCCAGGGAAGGCGGCCCCUCCCCGGUCGCCCCGCCUUUCACUCCCGUUACACUCGGGGGAAGGUGUUCCCGAGCCCGCUCCCACCCUCACCCCGCCUCCUCGCUUUCCCGGCUCCAGUCUCCGCCGGCGGAGCCCACUAUGCCAGACAGUUUCGACACUUUGCAAAGACAAAGAGCCCUAGACCGGAGGGAGGAGGAGAAGGAAGAAGAGGAGCGGAACGAGAAGGAAGAGGCGAUGUGAGCCUGGAAGGGGGCGAGCGUCCGGGACACCCACACCCCUUUCUUCUCCUCGGAACCCCCUCAUGCCUGAAUCCCGGAAACUCCAGCGUGUCUCCAGCAGUGCUGGUACCAUUUUCAGAUUCCAUCUUCCUUAACGGGAAAUGUCAAUGAGAGGAAAUUAACAUCUCCAAGAGCUACAGUGAGCAAACGCUGUGAGCUUGGGCCAGGGCAAUUCCAUUUGGGGACCAGAGGUGGAUAGUCACUCAGCCUAUGGAGAUGGAGUUUGUGCUGAGUCUCUGCUGUUCUCGGCUUGUGGUGGCUGCCGUGGGGUAGAGGAGGACCACUGGAUCUGGGCACCUGAUGCUGUCAGUCGUUAUGAGAAGGCCAGAUACUGCGCAGAGAAUGCACGGAGUUCAUGAAAAGCUGGAACUCAGUGAGGUACGGUAACCCAGGAGGAGUAGAACAAGGAUUAAUGUCAGUAGCCACUAGCCACAUGAGACUGUUAAGCGGUUGAAAUGUAGCUGGUGCACCUGAGGAACUGUGUGCUUGCCUUCCAUGAACUGCCUCGUGAUUCACCGGGGGACUCAAAACAUUCAUUUCCUGAUCACCUCAUUUAUGCCAGGAAUUGGGAGAGGUUGCCAAAGGAGAACGAAAGCACACGAGGCACUAUCAUUGCAGGGGAUGCCCAGUCAUGAUAAUGUGGGGCCCAGGAUUGGUGUUGUCUUGUGUGAACCUCACAAGGACCCCACCAGAUGGAGUUUCACCAUGUUGGCCAGGAUGGUCUUGAUCUCUUGACCUCGUGAUCUGCCCUCUUCCACCUCUCAAAGUGCUGGGAUUACAGGCAUGAGCCACCAUGCCUGGCCUUGUUGUUCUCAUCUUACAGAUGAAAAACUGGAACUCAGUGAGAUCUGGAUGCCGGAAGCGCAAGAUUAAGGUGUCAUCAGGAUGAAGAAACUGAAGCUCAGAGAGGUUAAGAGACUCCACUAAGGCCACGUAGUCGAUGACAGACAACCUUCUGUGCCUUCAUUAAGCUGGUCGUGUAACCACCAUGUGUCUGGUGACAGCAUGGGAAAGACAAAGCCCUAAUUAAGGAUCAUCAGAAACCACAGUUGGAGGAGGACAGCAGAGACAGCUUCCGUCCCCGCUAUACCAAGACCCUUCCUCCAAGGUCUCUGCUCCUGAGGAACCCUGGACUGUCACAGAGAUUAAUUACCCCUUAGCUUCUUUGAAUGGGAAAGGAAAUCACUGGGUAAAGCUUUAUCAGGAGACAUUAUCAGCUCUUUAAGGAUUGCAGAAUAAUAAGCUACUUUAUUUUCUGAAAAGGUAAAUAUAUACAAGCAAAGCCAACACGCCACUAAUGGCCUUCAUCUGCUACACAGCGGUGUCUGGGACACACUGGGGGUCGUCCCCCAGUGGGAGUGAAGUCGAGUUUAACGGCCCUUGAGUCCACCAUUGGAAUUCCUGCCAUCCCUUCUGAUCGAGCCUCCACCUCUGGGAUUUUUCUUCCAUAUUUCUCCUCUCUUAGGAGGGAGUUCCUGCCGCCCAUCGCAGGGAGGCCGCCAUCAGGACAGAGAAGAUGGUGACCCUGCGGAAGAGGACCCUGAAAGUGCUCACCUUCCUCGUGCUCUUCAUCUUCCUCACCUCCUUCUUCCUGAACUACUCCCACACCAUGGUGGCCACAACCUGGUUCCCCAAGCAGAUGGUCCUGGAGCUCUCUGAGAACCUGAGGAGGCUGAUCAAGCACAGGCCCUGCACCUGCACCCACUGCAUCGGGCAGCGCAAGCUCUCGGCAUGGUUCGACGAGAGGUUCAACCAGACCGUGCAGCCACUGCUGACCGCCCAGAACGCACUCCUGGAGGACGACACCUACCAGUGGUGGCUGAGGCUCCAGCGAGAGAAGAAGCCCAAUAACUUGAACGAUACCAUCAAGGAGCUGUUCCGAGUGGUGCCUGGGAACGUGGACCCCCUGCUGGAGAAGCGGUUGGUGGGCUGCCGGCGCUGUGCUGUUGUAGGCAACUCGGGCAACCUGAGAGAGUCUGCGUACGGGCCUGAGAUAGACAGUCACGACUUUGUGCUCAGGAUGAACAGGGCACCCACGGCAGGGUUUGAGGCUGACGUCGGGACCAAGACCACCCACCAUCUGGUGUACCCUGAGAGCUUCCGCGAGCUGGGGGACAAUGUCAGCAUGGUCCUGGUGCCCUUCAAGACCAUCGACUUGGAGUGGGUGGUGAGCGCCACCACCACGGGCACCAUUUCCCACACCUACGUCCCGGUCCCUGCGAAGAUCAGAGUGAAACAGGAGAAGAUCCUGAUCUACCACCCGGCCUUCAUCAAGUAUGUCUUCGACAACUGGCUGCAAGGCCACGGGCGGUACCCAUCCACCGGCAUCCUCUCGGUCAUCUUCUCAAUGCACGUCUGCGAUGAGGUGGACUUGUACGGCUUCGGGGCAGACAGCAGAGGGAACUGGCACCACUACUGGGAGAACAACCCGUCCGCAGGCGCUUUUCGCAAGACGGGGGUGCACGAUGCAGACUUUGAGUCUAACGUGACGGCCACCUUGGCCUCCAUCAAUAAAAUCCGGAUCUUCAAGGGGAGAUGACGCAGGGAAGGGUUGAGGAUCGACGCACCGUCACACCUCUGUGUUUCCAGCCCAGCACCUUGCCGGAGCCAUUCCACCCUGGAGCUUGGAGGGCCAGCCUCAGCUAUGUGCCUGGGCGACACCUGCAGCCUCUUGCACCCAGCUGUUGGCAGCAUCUACUCAGCAAGGUCACUGAGCUCUGCCAGCAUGGCAGAGCACAUCUCAGAACCUGUCUUAGGUGGGGACAAUGUCCCCCCACUGCUGCCCCAGAGCUGGGGAGAUGCUGGGAAAGGUUCAACCUCCACACACUAAAAUUACUUUGGCUCCUGGGGUGGGCUUGGGAAACACAUGUAGAAGACACCCAUAUUCUGAGAGACAGGAUGGUUUUCCAAGGAAGGGGGCCAGAGAGACUUGAGUGGCAGUUACCUCCAGCACAGAGACAUGCCGGGCGGUGUUGGCACUAGGGGCAAGAUGCUGCCCUUCUUUGCACGAAGCCUGGCCUCUUGCUUGGCAUGAUAACCCUGUCAUCUUCUUUCCAAAGCUCAUUUAUGAGCCACCAGAGGCUCCUACCCCAAAGAUUUUCACAGAAGCUUGAGGCCAGGUGCCAUGGCUCACACCUGUAAUCCCAGCAUUUUGGGAGGCCAAGGUGGGAGGAUUGCUUGAAUGCAGGAGUUCAAGACCAGCCUAGGCAACAUCGUGAGGCUCCUGUCUCUACAAAAAUAAAAGGUUAAAAAAAAAAAAUUAGCCAGGCAUUGUGGCACAAACUUAUAGCCCCAGCUACUAGGGAGGUUGAGGAGGGAGGAUCUCUUGUGCCUAGGAGUUCAAGGCCACAGUAAGCUGUGAUCACACCAUUGCACUCCAGCCUGGGCAACAAAGUGAGACCCUGCCUCUGAAAAACAAAAGAAAGAAAAAAUAACAAUGUGGCGCCGUGUUUCUGACUCCUCCAGAUGCCUCUUCUUACACAGAUGUUCCUCUGAGUAGUCAGUCUCGUGGUUCUAAUCAUGGCGAGAGCGAAUCUGACCACUCCCAUGUGCCUUUGUAUUUGGGGAAGAAACACGUACAUUGGCUGAAAUGAGGCAAAAGCUCCCACUUGGGAAAAGGGACCUGCACUGGCGGCCGCACUUGCUCUGUAGCUGGGAUCAUCUUUUCUGGUUUCCUGAGCCAGCACCUGAAUUGGAACAGAGCUCUGAGGAUACUCAGCACCACCCAGGAGCACGUCAGAAUGGAAUGUACGUUCUCAUUCUCAGACUGUUCAGUAUGGUGCCCGUAACCUCCAAGACCGCACAGGAGGCCUGCAGCAGCAUUUUCCCUGAAGGCCUGAGCUCAGGGUCAAGUCCCUGCUGGCCAUCUUGGGGCUGUCACUGGGGUCUGGGCCAGGUACAUCCCAGGAAUUGUGACUGGCUCAUACCUCAUCUUCUCAUUCCCCGGCUACUCUCUUUUCCUCAUUAGCCUUCCUGAUUAUUUAUUGAUUUUUUAAAAAUUCAACUGACAUUGUUUCACCCUGGCUCUGCUGGUGGUGCCGGUGUUUUAAUGAAGUUUGCCUCACCCAGUAGCUGGGAAAUGGGGGAUCUAUGGGAGGUUUGUCAGAGUCCUCGGACUUGGGCUAUUGGGGCAUCUAGGGUUUGGAUGGUUUGCGGAAUGUCCGCAGCAUCCUCGUCCUAACCCAGCCUUCCUUCUUCCUUGUCGUGGACUUGCAUUCAUUCUCAGGCUCGGAGUCUCCAAAACUCCGUGAAACCUCAUUGCUGCUGGGUGGAGAGUGGAGAGCCACAGGCAUGCAGGGACGAUGAUGGUUGGCUCCAGUUACCCAUGUUUAAGCAGAAAAACUACUUUUCUUGCUGAAAAUAUCUCUGAAAAGGCCGCUGCUGCUUUGUGGGGCAUGACCUUUUCCUGGUGAUGUGAAGGAGGCAGGGAGCCUGUGCUACCAGGCUCGGGGGAGCCCCCUCUGCACACUGGGAGGGAGGAGCUUGAGGGUAUCAGUCGUGGGUCACAGGCGGCUUCAGGCCAUUCACAGGAGUCCCUGGAAGUUGCAGGCCAAGUUUGUUUUUUUCCCUGAAUCUCUUCAUAUGAGCAUUUUUCUGGAGAGAGUUCCAUAGAUUUUAUUAGGUUCUCAAAGGUUCAGAAUGUGGAGUGUGUUAGACAAACAAAAAACCUGUUUCAGCUUUAAAAUCCUCCAAACUUUAAGACUAUGUUUUUUCUGAGAAAGGCUGGUAAGUCGCUGAGUCAUCAUUCAGAACAUGGGCAGAGCUCACAGCCAUACAUGACGUGAAGAACUCAGCAAACGUUUGUUGAGUGGCCGAGUAACCCCAGGUACGGACUCCAGAUAAUCAGACACUGAUAGAGAGAGCGAUUCUGCUUCUGAACUCUUCCAGCAAACCUCCGAAAACAAGUAAAAAGAAACCAAAAGCUGAGUCUGUAUAGGGACGACAGGCUCAGGCUGAGCAACUGACGUCUGGGUUUUGCUGUGUAAGAACAGUUUCCUCAAAGUGAAGAUGCGUCUGUGCCUGACCCAGACGCUGCCUGGGUCAGUCAUCUGGUCUCCAUCUGUUCUCCCUCCCUCCCACUAGGAUGUUCAAGCUGUGAGAUCUCUUCCAGCCUCCAAACCCAGCUCUCCCAUUUUACUGAUGAGAAAAUCAAGGCCACAUUGCAGCCAGGUAGGGGGCGGAGAGUGACAGGCACAGACGACAGUAAUUGUUGACUCUAGUUACUGAUGUUUAAUCAGAAAAACCAGUUUUCCUGUCAAGCACAUUUGUUAAAAGGCUGCUGUGUACUGGGAGGUAUGAGGCCUUUUCCUGGUGGAGUGUGAAAGAGGAAGUGAUGGGCAGUCGUGAACUGUCUGGGACAGAUAGCGCAAGUCAGAGUUUGAGCAGAAACAGGGUGUUACUGGCGCUGUGUUUAAAUUGUCUGCAGAUGGUCUUUCCCCGUGAGUCUCCAUUCAGUAUCUCAAAACAGUGUAAACAGAACGGGGUGCCUGACUCUCCCGUGCUAGGUUAGCACGGAGCUCUGUCUGCAGGCUGCCAAGGCGGCCUCGUCUCUGCCUUCUCACGCCCUCCAGUGCAGGAGAACGCAUUUCUCUUUCCCAUAGCCCAGCAAACAUCUCUUAUGUUACAUUGGCUUAGCAAUGGGCCCUUGAUGGAAUAAAAGCAAGUUGUUGUGGCCAGAUUUAAAUACACCAGUUUGGCUUAAACCAGCUGGAACUCAUACCUGGGGUGCAGGUGGCUGGGAAUUAGACAACAGUGUAUGUUAGACAAAGGGCACCAUGCGUGCUGUCAGCUGGAGAACCAGGAGCACUUGUACUGGGCAGGCAGCAGCAGGAGGCUCCCUCAGGCCCCUGAAUCUGAGCUUAUGGCUCUUUCUUCUCCAGGCAGAAUUCCUUGGAGACCAGCCCUGAGCUCAGGCAGGAAGCAGAGGGGUCCCUGAGCUCAGGCAGGGAGCAGAGGGGUCCCUGAUCUCAGUCAGGGAGCAGAGGGGUCCCUGAUCUCAGGCAGGGAGCAGAGGGGUCCCUGCCUGUAGCACCCAGAGCUGAACCUGAAGCUACAAAGACGGGCUGAUGAGCCAGCCCAUGAGGUCUCCCCAGUGAGUCAGGGUGCUGAUUUGCUAUAGCUGGAGCUACAUGCACCUCCCCUCCCCUCAGCCACUUUUUAGGGGAGAAAGGAGGGCAGAUUUGUAUCCUCUGGCUCUGCAGGGAUUCUGGGCUGGAAGAAAGUUCAUAAACGGAUGAAUCCCUUUUAAAACUGGCUUUUCCAAGCAUCAUUCAGCAAAGCACUUGGCUAGGCUUAGAGAGAAAAGCCAGGUAUGAGGAAAUAGAAAGUAAAAUAGCAAAAAAAAAAAAAAAAAAAAAAAAAAGGAAGGUGGAAAGGGCAGUUAAGAUCUGGGUGAUCCUUUAGGGAAAGGGCUGGUUGAGAGGCUUAGAUGGAAUCCUAUUCUCUGCUGUGGCCAGAAGGCGGUGCUAGAGGCUGGUCCCACCUGGAUGUGACUGGUCUCUUGGCAAAGAUGGACUCAAACCACAGAGAACAUUUAGUACAGGAUGUUUGCUUUUAAGUAGUCUGAAAACAAGUGAAAGGGAAACCAAAAGAACUCACUGCCCCUCACCUGGCUAGGAUCAAAAAGACUGUGCAGGGAAGCCCAAGCUCCGAGGGGCCACGGUCCAGCUAAAGGUGACAGGACACCAGCCACGCACCAUCAGGAACCAGCACCUGUCCUCGCCCCUAGGAAGAGCCCGGGGGGUAUCAUUAUAUCCAUCGCGGACAUCUGGUUUGCAGCAAAUGUGGCUCCAUGCCACCAGGAUCAUCCUGCCCUGUGGACUGGGCUAGCCAGUUUUGAGAUGGAGUCCACCUCCCUCUUAGUGUUUGUCAUGAAAACACCAGCUCCUGCACCCCUGGGGUUCUACCUGACACCUGUGCAAAGAAAAGGAGGAAGGCUUCCAAGAAAGGGCAGAGGCAGGCAAGGCAGCAUCUCACAGCUUGUCAGUAUCAGGGCGUUACCGACUUUUUUUUUUUUUUCCUCACCAAAAGAGCACUGAAUUUCCUAGGGACAGUGAGCCGCCUUUACACCUCCUAUUCUCCCUCCCAGCCCAUCAGGUGACCCCAUCACCCAGCCUCAUCAGUCAGCUCCUUCCUAGUACAAAACUGCCAUCGGUUGCCCGUCCUGAGCUGUGGGACGUCAGCUUUAACCCUAGCCUCUGUCAGCGCCUCCCCCUCCAGCCCCCUGCCCCUUAGGGUGAUCGUGGGUUUCUCCCUUCCUCCUGCACAGUCACUUCCCUUCACUGAAUUCCCCUCAAAGCCAAAGUUUUUGAGCACUUUUUCUUCUGUGCAGUCUUGUGUGUGUGGCUGUUGGUGUUUUAAAAGUUGCUUUUUAUUCUCCCCCACCGACCUGCCUCUCUCCGUGUCUUUGCGAAGCUGAGCACUGGUUGGGAUGCAUUCGAAUGACGUUAGCAAGAUCCUGCUUUACUCAACCCCCGCUCUGUUUUAUUUAUUGUUGAAUAUUUCCAAUGAUCCAAAUCAAAGAGAAUAAAAGGAAGAGCUAUUUUAUUGUU